AUGCUCGCCUCCGUCCUCCUCCUCGCCGCUGCUGCCAUAGCAGCGCCAACCACCGGGGACUUCAACAGCAUCCAAACAAAGGACGGCGACCUCUGCCUCUCCAGCGGAGGCCGCUUCGACCAGGGUGCUCCGCUGAAGCUCGCCCCCUGCUCCACCUGCGAGAAGGACCAGCGCUUCAAGUGGGAGCCGUUCACCUUCCAGGGCGCCGAAGCCGGUGUCGAGUACUUUACCAUCCACAGCCAGGGCGGUCUCUGCGUGGUCUCACACGUGCCCUCAGGCCACGGCUACUCCUUCGGUCCGCCUGUUCUGGGUCCUUGCGACUUCGGCGAGGGCUGUCCCAGCCUCAACUCAUGGCGCCCCAUGUGGGUCAAGGACGGAGACAGAAUCUGCAUGUCGCCCAAGAAGGAGGGCGACACCUCCGUCCUCGGGCCAAACGGACUCUGCUUCUCAGCCAAGGACUUUACCGCUGGCGUCGAGAUCGAUCUCGCUACCGACGCGACUGGCAAGCCCAUCGCCUGGAAGUAG